CCACGCGUCUCGAAAAAUGGCGGCGUCCAGGAGCACCGGAGAGGGCGGCCCGGGCGGCUCCCGUGGACGUGUGGUCCGCAUGAAGCGCAAAGUGGGGCGCGGGCCGCGCCGCGGUCCAGGCGGCGGUGGGGAGAAGGCCCUGAAGAGACUCAAACUAGCGGUGAAGGAGUUCGUGCACGCGACUUCGGAGGGCGAGGCUCCCGAGGGUUGCGGGGGGCGCGGCGACCCGGUGCGCUUCCGCCCGGGAGGGAGAAAAAGUCGCAAGGAACUGAGGAAGGAGAAGCGGCACCUUCGGAAAGCACGCCGGCUGCAGAGGACGGCGGGCCCCGACGAGGGUCCCGGCCCGGGAGGCCGAAGCGGAGCCGAAGAAGCGAGCGGUCCCCGGCGGGACACGGAGGAGCGCGCCCGCCCAGCCCCUCGUCGGGACCCCUCGCCUCCCAAGGAGCCGCGGCCGUCCCGGGUCAAGGCCAAGGCCACGGCGCCCACCGCAAAGACUAGACCCUCCGCAGCCGCCACCGCCGCUGCCCGAAAACGGGCGCUUCUAGCGGCCAACGAGGAGGAGGACCGAGAGAUCCGAAAGCUGGAGCGCUGCCUCGGCUUGAACAAGCGCAAAAAGAAGGACGGCAGCAGCUCCGUGCCGCUGAGCUUUGCACGCGACGGGCUCGACUAUAUUCUGGGAGCCUUGGAGUCUGGGAAAAAUAGCGGCUUGUACGACAGCAGUGGGGAGGAGGAGGAGGAGGAGGAAGAUGCCGGACAGACACUCCCCGAAAGUGACUUAGAGAGUGACUCCCAGGACGACAGUGAAGAGGAGGAGGAAGACGUAGAAAAGGAAAAAAAGGCGCAGGAAGCAGAAGCAGAAGCGCAGAGCGAGGACGACGACGAGGAUACAGAACAGGAACAGGGGGAAGAAAAGGAAAAGGGAACGCAGGAGAAAAGGAGGGAGAAGAGAGUCCGUUUUGCAGAAGAUGAAGAAAAGAGUGAAAAUUCCUCGGAGGACGGUGACAUAACGGAUCAGCGGAGUCUUUGUGAAAGUGGUGAAAAGUACAUCCCACCUCAUGUGAGGCGAGCUGAGGAGACAGUGGACUUCAAGAAAAAGGAAGAACUAGAAAGGCUGAAGAAACAUGUAAAAGGUUUACUUAACAGGCUGAGUGAACCCAACAUGGCUUCCAUCAGUGGGCAGCUGGAGGAGCUGUACAUGGCCCACAGCAGGAAGGACAUGAAUGACACCCUGACCUCCGCCCUCAUGGGUGCCUGCGUCACCGCCUCCGCCAUGCCCAGCAGACUGAUGAUGGAGCAUGUUCUCUUGGUCGGCGUCCUUCACCACACCGUUGGAAUCGAGGUUGGUGCCCACUUUCUGGAGGCGGUGGUGAGGAAGUUCGAUGCUGUCUAUAAACAUGGAAGCGAAGGGAAAGAGUGUGACAACCUGUUCACCAUCCUCGCCCAUUUGUACAACUUCCACGUGGUUCAGUCUCUCCUCAUCUUCGACAUUUUGAAAAAACUGAUUGGAACUUUCACCGAAAAAGAUAUUGAACUGAUCUUGUUAAUGCUGAAAAACGUGGGUUUUUCAUUGAGAAAAGAUGAUGCUUUAUCACUUAAAGAACUGAUCACUGAAGCCCAGACUAGAGCCAGCAGGGCAAGCAGCGAGUUUCAGGACCAGACCAGGAUUCGGUUCAUGCUAGAGACGAUGUUGGCCCUGAAGAACAAUGACAUGCGCAAAAUUCCAGGCUAUGACCCCGAGCCUGUGGAGAAGCUGAGGAAACUGCAGAGAGCUUUGGUCCGCAGCGCCGGCUCAGGUUCUGAGACUCAGCUUCGCGUCUCCUGGGACAGCAUCUUGAACGCGGAGCAGACGGGUCGCUGGUGGAUUGUGGGGUCUGCCUGGAGUGGGGCCCCGAUGAUCGACAACAGUCACCAUACACACCUGCAGAAGCAGCUUGCGGGGACGGUCAGCUCAAAGAUCCUAGAACUCGCCCGGAAGCAGAGGAUGAACACGGACAUCCGGAGAAACAUAUUCUGCACAAUAAUGACAAGUGAAGAUUUUUUGGAUGCUUUUGAAAAGCUUCUGAAGCUUGGACUUAAGGAUCAGCAGGAGAGAGAAAUCAUUCACGUUCUCAUGGAUUGCUGCCUUCAAGAGAAAACCUACAAUCCCUUCUAUGCUUUCCUGGCUAGCAAAUUCUGUGAAUAUGAAAGGAGAUUUCAGAUGACUUUCCAGUUCAGCAUAUGGGACAAAUUUCGGGACUUGGAAAACUUGCCAGCUACAAAUUUCUCUAAUUUGGUUCAUCUGGUGGCCCACUUGUUGAAGACAAAAUCUCUUUCCCUUUCCAUCUUAAAGGUAGUUGAAUUCAGUGAAUUGGACAAACCCAGAGUCCACUUUUUACGAGAAGUAUUAAGUAUCCUAUUAAUGGAAACAGAAAUUGAAGACCUCAGUUUAAUUUUCACAAGAGUAUCUGACAACCCAAAGCUGGGGAUGUUACGUGAGGGUUUGAAGCUUUUCAUCAGCCACUUCUUGCUAAAGAACGCACAGGCCCACAAAAGCACCGAUGAAGCCAACGUGCUGCGAGAGAGGGCUGACCUUGUGACAAAGUGUCUGCACGGAAGAGCUUCCCUGAGAAUGUAGUCAGGGAAAGAAGGAAGGCAGGUGGCCCUUUGACUAUAAUGUCCUUUGUAAACCCAAAGCUUUAUUCUGUUGCCUGCGUGUGAACGUUUGGUAGAGCUAUAUCAUUGUCUAUUAUUGUAUUAUAUUUUGAGAUAAUUUUUGA